AUGUCCAUUGGAAUGAAGAUUUCAUUUCUGGCACUGGCAACAGGAGAACUCCUAGCAGGGAUGCUGGGAAAUGGGCUCAUUGGACUGGUAAACUGCAUGGAGUGGGUCAGGAGUCGGAAGGUCUCAUCGGCUGAUUUCAUCCUCACCAGCCUGUCUAUGGCCAGAAUCAUUCAGCUGUGGGUAAUAUUGUUUGAUUCAUUUAUAAUGGGGCUAUUCCCUCACCUGUAUGCCACUGGCAAAUUAGCAAAACUGGUUACUAUUCUUUGGGCGUUAAUGAAUCACUUAACUACGUGGUUUGCCACCUGUCUUAGUGUUUUCUACUUGUUUAAGAUAGCCAAUUUCUCCCACUUCUUUUUCACUUGGCUGAAGUGGAGAAUGAACAGAGUGGUUCUUGUGCUUUUCCUGGGGUCUCUGCUGUUACUGCCUGUUAGCCUUUCAGUGCAGGAUCCUGUUUGUGAGUUGUGGAUGAAUGCCUACAGAGUGGAUGAGAGAAACAUGACUCUGCAUUUAGAUGGGAUUACAAUGUCCUAUUUUAAAAACCAUAUUCUUCUCAGCAUGACCUACAUUAUCCCUUUUCUUCUCUCCCUGACUUCUUUGCUCCUAUUACUUUUGUCCUUGGUAAGACACACCAAGAAUUUGCAGCUCAAUGGCUCGAAGGACUCCAGCACAGAGGCCCAUAAGAGGGCUAUGAAAAUGGUGACAACCUUUCUCUUCCUCUUUGUCAUUUACUUUGCUUCCACCCUCAUAGGAAGUUGGAUGCUCUUUAAAGUACAGAGGUAUCAGGCUAUGAUGUUUGUCAUGGUGAUUUCAACAGUUUUUCCCUCAGGUCACGCAUUUAUUAUAAUUUUGGGAAACAGUGAAGAUGCCUGUUCUAAGACGUUAAGUAUUUGCAGUGCUAUUUUCAAAUCCUGGAGAACCUUUGAUAAAUGUUUAUCAGAAAAUAUUUACAAGAACCUGCACAUCAUUAUUGUUCUUAGGUGCUGA